AGGAAAAGCAAAAAGCUAAUAAUCAUGGCACGAACAAAGCAAACUGCACGUAAAUCCACCGGAGGUAAAGCUCCAAGAAAACAACUUGCCACCAAGGCCGCCCGUAAGAGCGCACCUGCAACCGGUGGAGUCAAGAAACCACAUAGAUACAGGCCAGGAACAGUCGCUCUCCGAGAAAUCAGGAGAUACCAGAAGAGCACAGAGCUCCUCAUCAGGAAACUCCCCUUCCAGAGAUUAGUCCGUGAAAUCGCCCAGGACUUCAAAACUGAUCUCCGAUUCCAGAGUUCAGCCGUCAUGGCCCUACAGGAAGCCAGCGAAGCCUACUUGGUCGGUCUCUUCGAGGAUACCAACUUGUGCGCAAUCCACGCCAAGAGAGUAACCAUCAUGCCAAAGGAUAUCCAAUUGGCCCGAAGAAUCCGUGGAGAACGCAGAGGAAAAGGAGGUAAAGGUCUAGGAAAAGGAGGCGCCAAGCGUCACAGGAAGGUGUUGCGUGAUAACAUCCAAGGUAUCACCAAGCCAGCCAUCCGUCGUUUAGCAAGAAGAGGUGGAGUAAAACGUAUAUCUGGACUCAUCUAUGAGGAAACCCGUGGUGUCCUUAAAGUUUUCUUGGAAAAUGUCAUCCGUGAUGCUGUCACAUACACAGAGCACGCCAAGAGGAAGACUGUCACUGCCAUGGAUGUUGUCUACGCUUUGAAACGUCAAGGACGUACCUUGUACGGAUUCGGAGGACGAGGAAAAGGAGGAAAAGCAAAAGCAAAGGCAAAGUCUAGGUCAUCCCGUGCCGGACUUCAGUUCCCAGUCGGUCGUAUCCACAGACUUUUGAGGAAAGGAAACUAUGCCGAGAGAGUUGGUGCCGGUGCACCAGUGUACCUCGCAGCUGUCUUAGAAUACUUAGCAGCUGAAGUAUUGGAGUUGGCAGGAAACGCCGCUCGUGACAACAAGAAGAGCAGAAUCAUUCCCCGUCAUCUCCAGUUGGCCAUCAGAAACGACGAAGAGUUGAACAAACUCUUGUCUGGUGUCACCAUUGCCCAGGGAGGUGUUCUACCAAACAUCCAGGCUGUACUUCUGCCAAAGAAGACCCAGAAAGCUGCCAACAAAUCGUCCACAGAGCUAAUAAUCAUGGCACGAACAAAGCAAACUGCACGUAAAUCCACCGGAGGUAAAGCUCCAAGAAAACAACUUGCCACCAAGGCCGCCCGUAAGAGCGCACCUGCAACCGGUGGAGUCAAGAAACCACAUAGAUACAGGCCAGGAACAGUCGCUCUCCGAGAAAUCAGGAGAUACCAGAAGAGCACAGAGCUCCUCAUCAGGAAACUCCCCUUCCAGAGAUUAGUCCGUGAAAUCGCCCAGGACUUCAAAACUGAUCUCCGAUUCCAGAGUUCAGCCGUCAUGGCCCUACAGGAAGCCAGCGAAGCCUACUUGGUCGGUCUCUUCGAGGAUACCAACUUGUGCGCAAUCCACGCCAAGAGAGUAACCAUCAUGCCAAAGGAUAUCCAAUUGGCCCGAAGAAUCCGUGGAGAACGUGCUUAA